AUGCCUAAACCCGUUGUACUGGAAGACGUUACUGGAGGCAGUGUAAAUGCAACCCAUCUUUGUGUAUUAGUCCACGGGCUUUGGGGAAACCCAUCCCAUUUGCGCAAUGUUGCUAAAUCCCUUCGCGAUAAAUACUCUGAAGACGAAUUAUAUAUUUUACUUGCGAAACAGAACAGCGGCAACAACACUUAUGAUGGCAUCGAGACCGGUGGCGAGCGCGUUUGCGCAGAGAUUGAGGACGAGUUGAAAGAAAUUGAAAGGAAGGGUGGAAAGAUUACAAAGUUGAGUAUCGCAGGAUACUCACUUGGAGGUCUAGUGUCGCGAUACGCAGUUGGCCUGCUUUAUGCCAAAGGAGUUCUCGAUCAUCUUGAAUGCAUGAACUUUACUACAUUCGCAUCCCCCCAUCUCGGUGUAAGAACACCACUGAAGGGCUGGCUCAGCAACAUCUACAACGUUCUCGGCGCCAGAACACUAUCCAAGUCUGGCCGACAACUAUUCACGAUCGAUAACUUUCGCGACACCAACCGACCUCUUCUCGCAUUGCUCGCCGACCCCGAUUCCAUUUUCAUGUCUGGUCUGAAGAAAUUCAAGCGUCGCACUCUGUAUACGAAUAUUGUCAAUGACCGAAGCGUUGUGCAUUAUACAUCUGGCAUUACCAAGACCGACCCAUACACAGAUCUCGAAAACGUCAAGCUCAAUUACCUCAAAGACUAUGAUGGUGUUAUCCUCGACCCCAACCACCCUGUGGCACCAUCUCCCCAGGCUCAAGGUCAAGACACGCUAUGGUCGGAUUUUGAGUCUGUUAAGAAAUGGAUUAAGAACGUCCCUUUCAUGCUGACGAUUGGCGUUAUAAUCCCAAUUGGUGUUGUUGUUUUCCUGGCCAACUCUGCCGUCCAAACAGUCCGCAGUGCCAAGCGAAUCAAAUUACACGAAUCAGGACUCGCUGGUUUGAAGAUUGAAGACUACCGCAUGCCCUUACGAAUCAAGGCGAUCCAGGAAGAGGUGGAGCAAGCAUACGAGGUCCUCAACGGUGCUCAGGACCAGCAAUACCUGGCAUCCGACUCGGACGAUGAUUUGGCCUACGACGUUGAGGAUCGUCAAUUGCUCAGGAGAGAGCGCAGAAUGUCAACAGCAGAGCAACCAACGCUGGCGUUGACUCCUGAACAGUUCGAAAUGAUUGAGAACUUGAACACGGUCGGCUGGCGCAAAUUCCCUGUCCAUAUUCAGAAGCAUCGACACAGUCACGCAGCUAUCGUGGUGCGCAUGGAUAAAGAGAGUUUUGCUGAUGGCUGGGUUGUUCUAAGACACUGGGCCGAUAGUGAAUUUUUGAUGUAA